UACCUAGCCAAUAACUCUUUUCAGUCUGGUAAUGUUAAACGUGUAAACAUGUCUUCUGAGAAAAGUAGCCACUAGCCGGUGAAAAGUCAUCUCCGCUUCACGAUAAGUACCAACCAGCCUCCUACCCCCACGCCCCAUUCCCCAUCACCAACCCAUUAAUCAUGUCUGCAAAUUCUUCCUUCAAUCUCCAAUCCUCUUCCAUUGACGACGAUCACUCUCCUCCAUCAAAACUCCCAUUGAAGCCCAUCCCCGGAAACUAUGGCCUGCCCUUUCUCGGACCCAUCAAAGACCGCCUAGACUACUUCUACAACCAAGGCCUCGAAGCCUUCUUCCGAACCCGAAUCGACAAACACAAAUCCACCGUAUUCCGAACCAAUAUGCCUCCCGGGCCUUUCAUAUCCUCCAACCCUAGAGUCAUUACUGUCCUUGAUGCCAUCAGCUUUCCCAUCCUCUUCGACACAUCCAAGGUUGAAAAACGCGACGUUCUUGACGGCACUUACAUGCCCUCCACAGCCUUCACCGGCGGCUACCGUGUUUGUGCUUUCCUUGACCCCUCCGAACCCAACCACACUCUCCUCAAGCGUUGGUUUUUCUCUCUUCUCGCUGCCCGCCACGAUAAGUUCAUCCCGCUCUUCCGAAACUGCUUGUCCGAGCUUUUCAUCAACCUCGAAGAUCAGUUAUCCGACAAACCCGGCAAAGCAUACUUCAACACCCUUAGUGACAGCAUGUCUUUCAACUUCGUGUUUAGGCUCUUCUCUGAUCGAAACCCUUCCGACACAAAACUCGGAUCGGACGGUCCCAAACUCUUCGACGUCUGGUUGCUUGUCCAACUUGCGCCGUUGAUGACACUCGGGUUAUCCAAGUGGCUAAACUUUCUUGAAGAUUUGUUAUUGCACACGAUUCCUUUGCCAGCGUUUCUGGUGAAAUCCAGAUAUAAGAAGCUUUACAGUGCGUUUUACGAGUCGACGGAGCCGAUUUUGGAUGAAGCGGUUGAGGCUUUCGGGCUUAAAAGAGAUGAAGCUUGCCAUAAUCUAGUCUUCAUGGCUGGUUUCAAUGCAUACGGUGGAAUGAAGACCCUGUUUCCCGCUGUGAUCAAGUGGGUUGGAUUAGCAGGAGAAAAGUUACACCGGCAGUUGGCUGAUGAGAUCAGGACGGUUGUUAGAGAUGAAGGUGGGAUCACUUUAUCUGCGUUGAAUAAGAUGACUUUAACAAAGUCAGUGGUCUACGAAGCAUUGAGGAUAGAACCUCCGGUUCCGUUCCAGUACGGGAAGGCAAAGGAGGAUCUAGUGGUCCAAAGCCAUGAUGCUGCUUUUGAGAUCAAGAGGGGCGAGAUGAUCUUCGGAUAUCAGCCGUUGGCUACCAAGGAUCCCAAGAUUUUUGAGAACUCCGAGGAGUUUGUGGGCCAUAGGUUUGUGGGUGAGGGAGAGAAGCUGUUGAAGUACGUUUACUGGUCAAACGGUCGGGAGAUUGACGAUCCGACGGUGGAGAAUAAGCAGUGUCCGGGUAAGGAUCUAAUGUUGCUAUUGUCGAGGGUGAUGUUGGUGGAGCUUUUCCUCCGUUAUGACACGUUUACGAUUGAGGCCGGAAGGUUGCCGUUGGGAUCAUCGGUGACGUUCAAGUCGUUGACGAAGGCCACGGGGAUAUGAUCUAGCUUGGUCGACUAUAAUAAAUAAAGCCUUUGACGACAUGCAGUUUCACUCUUGUUUUGUGGAUUUUUACCGGUUGUAAUUUACUAAUUUGCCGAAAUUCAGUUUGCAUGGAUCCAGGCCACCUAGCUGGCGAUUGUUGUGCUUGUCUUCCUAGUAUUACCAAACGGGUGGGGUUUGCGUUUUGAGUUUUGUAUGAAUUUGUUUGGGGAACAGACUGUUUUAACUUGUAAAGGUGGUCGGUAAUUUAUAAUUAUUUUUAUUUUUAUAAAGAAAAACAUCUGUGUGAGCAA